UGAUGAUUAACAACCCCCUGAGGCGUUCUUUCCCUCCGUCCUUGUCUCAUGUCCCGACUGUCAACAUCCGAACUCCUGUUCUAGACAUGAUCACGCCUACAUUCCAGUCUCCUGCUGGCUUUGGAGGAGUAUCUGGAAACAUAAUGGACAAAUCUGCGAUGUCACACCACACUAACUACACAGACACAGUAGCUAGUCAGUCACAGGUUCAAAAAAUGUUACUGGAUGAAAAAUCUCGUAGUGAAAAGCAUAAAAUUAACUACGAGAAGCUCAAAAAGCAGACAGACCAAAUGAGCUCAGAGUUCAAAACUCAGAGCUACGAAUUGCAGGCCAAAAAUGAGGAAGUUGCUAGAAUUAAAGAGCAGUUUAAUGUAGUGAUAAGUGGACUGGAGUCAGAAUUAAAACGGAAAAAUCAAAUAGUUGACGAGCUGGAAGGUCAAGCUUUGACUGAAGAAAAACUAGAAUCUAUAAAGUUCAAGGUCAUAUCAGAUCUGCAGUCGACUUUUAAACGAAGAAUGCUGGAUAUGGAGCAGGAUGUUGAAAAAUACAGAAAUGACUUCAAUAAGUUGAGGCAUGAUCACUCGUUUUUGAAAUCGGAAUAUGAAAAGCAGGCAUACGACUUUGCGAAAAAUCUGGAAGAUCUAAACUUCAAGUUUGUGUCAGAGAAAAAUGAAAUUUUGGCGUCUAAAGAGCAAAUUGUUCGAAUUUCAGAAGAGGAGCGAAAACAGUCUGAAGAAAAAAUUAAAAACAAUGUUAAAGAAAACGCUUAUUUGAAGCAAAGAUUAAUAUCACAGCAAAGUAUGAACGAAGAAAUUCAACAGCAAAUCGACAAAUUAAGAAAUGAUUCAGAUUUGAGAGAGAGGGGACAUAUUAAGACCAUAACGGACCAUGAGGCUAAAAUCAAAAUAAUGGAGCUAGAGAAAACUAGUUUGGUGAACCAGAUUGAGAAAUUGAAAAGUGAAGCUAAUGACCAAGUGAACAAAAUGCGAGAUCGCGAUGCACGCAUGAACGAAAUUGAACGCGAUAAUCAAAGAUUGACCCACGACAACGAAGUAUUAACGCACCAAAUAAGCAUCAAAGACGGUGAAAUUAGACUGCAAAUGUCGAAGUUUGCAAAUUAUGAUUCGGAACAUACGUUGAAAUUAAAAGAACAGCUCGAAGAUGCGAUUACGGAGAAAGAAGUUGCGAAUAUGCAAGUGGAAAAGUUCAAACAGCUGAUGACGAGCAAAGAGCGAGAGUUCACGAGAAGGCUGGAAAAGGGCAAAGAGUCGCAUAGUAUUGAACUUAAUAAAGUGCUGGAGGAAAAAGCGGAACUUGAGUCCAAACUUAUAACUUCAGAAAGUGAAGUUAAAACUUUGAGCGACACUAGCAAAAGCCUGAAGUUUGACUUAAACGUAUCCACGAAUGAAUGCUCAAAUUUAAAAGAAGAAAUAUCAAAACUCAAAUUGGAAAUGGAACAGCAAAAAAGUGACCUUAAUGCAAAAGAGCUGGAAGUUAGAGAGCGAGUUAAUGAGAUUUCUAGUCUGGAUAAAAGUUCUGAAGAGUUGCAAUUUAAAGUAAAAAAUUUGAGUUCGCAGUUUGAAACGUGUCAAACCGCCAAAGAUUCUCUGGAAAAACAGAAUUUGAAAAUGGACUCCCAGAUUAGAGAGUUAGAAACAAAAUUGAUCACCAUUCAACACACGGAACGAAGUCAGUAUCAAGGUACUUUGCAAGAGUGGUUUCAAGAGAAAUCCAAACUCGCUUCCAAAAUUGCCGACUUGACAAGAGAAACUGAAAAUUACAAGAAAAAACUAGCUAGAGCUGCAAAAAUACAUCUCAGUAUGAAAACAAAUUUGCGAGAAAAAAAUGCUAAAUUGAAGGCUUUGCUCGAUGAAUCAUAUGCAAAAAUAAAGUUCCUAGAACAUAACGAAGCGAAAAAUAGAGGAAUACCUUUUGAAGUUCAUAAUCAGUUGAAAAGAGAGUUUAAAGCUUUAGUUAGAAGACACGAUCAGUUUAAGGAAUUAAUUCACGCGAGAAACACUUACGAACAUGAAUCUAAUGCUCAGGAUUUGAGGAAAACUGACUUGGUUCACGGAUUAUUACAUUCUGAUUGGAUGUUAAAUGAUACCGUUUCAACCAAUCACAAUCGAACCCUAGAGGUUAAUGAAGAAACUCGUGACGGCGAUGAAAAAUUGUUUCAGUGGAGCGAAAUUGACAAGAUGAAGGAAACUAUGCAAAAGUUCAAGAAAGGUCAACAGAAAAUACAAGAGCAAAAGAACAUUGAAGCUACUGCGAAUGUUAAUGUAUUCUACGAUGUGCCAAAUUUAGAUCUGAAUAAUAUGAAUGAAAAUCAAGAACUUGAGGAGAGAGUGUUCAGCCCCGUUCCGAAUAAUUUGUUGAUUGUAGACGAAAGAAAUGUAUCAGGUAGUCAGCCGAAUGAACAAAAUUUCGAAUCUGAAGGUCGCAGAAAAAGUGAAGCAAAGGACCGCGAAAGAGUUGUAAAUGAUUGGGAGCCGGAAAGACAGAAUUCAAGGUCGGAUGUCAGAGACGAUGAAGAAAGGUCAAUGACCGAAUCGGAGAGUUACAAGGUCACGCCACUUGCCAGCGAGGAAGAGCAGGCGUUGUAAAUAGUAGUGCAAUAAAACUGCAGUAGAGCAUCAUUUAGUUUAUUCAUGUGCAAUAUUUAUAUAUUCAAAACGUGCUGUGCAUAAACCGUAGACUGUAUAUUUAGCUUUAAUUUUUUUUUUCACCAUUUAGAUGUAGUUUUAAAAUAGAUUUGUGAUUGUUAAAUAAUUGUUGUCUGUAAAUAUUGAAAACUUAUUGUAUAAAUAUCUUAAAACCUUAAUUCAUUUUUGUUUCAAACGUUCAAACUU